GCCUUUUCUUAUAUAUGACAAGGUAUAGAACAUAUACUUUUAUAUGUAAGAAAUGAUUUAUAUUUCGUUGUAGAAGUCAUUUUGAUAAGCUACAUAAAAACUGAUAUAAUAUACUUGUAAAAACUUUACAAGAUGGCUAAAGAAAUCACACCUUUGCAGUUAUUUACGAGCUAUAAAAAGUGGGUCGUUAACAAUCCAGGAAUUGUAACAGAUUUGGAAACAAUAACAACGUGGUCAUCGUACUUUAUUGCUGGGAAAAUAAAUAAAUCACCCAUUGUAUCAGAACUUGUGUACACUCUUUCUAAACUUUUGUCGUUAUUUAACGACAGAGUCAUCAGAGAUGCAUAUGAUGGUGAUUUUCAGCAUUAUGGAUUUAGAGAUCAGGUGAAACUUUGGCUAACUAUUGUACAUUAUUGUGAAGUAUUUAUUGAGCUCACUGUCAAGAACAAAUGGGGUAACCGUGGGAAGUGGGUGGCUACAACACUAAUUCAAACUUUCAAGUGUUGCUCAGCCUUAAUACUCUUGUAUAGAUUUAAAGAAUUACCAAUUCAACAUCCUCCGAUACCAGCUUUACAAAGAAAAAAAUUCACUGAAGAAAGAGAAUCCGAUGAUAGUGCAAAUUCAUAUUUUACACUUAAAAGAUCUGGACGUGUUCUUCGACGGGUUGAUGGUGCCCCACCUAUCGCAUUACGUGACUGGCAACGUGUUAAAAUCAAGGACAAUAAAACUACCAACAUAGAAAUAAAAGACUUGGUUCAUGCUGAAUUGUUGUAUAUUUUGAGACCUAUGGUACAUCUUGCUGCAAUGCGUGCAUUUGGGACAACAGCUUGGAAACAGUGGCUAGUAGCACUUGGAUUAGACUUGGCAAGUUUCAAACUUUAUAAUCGCCAUAUGAAAGAGUUGACUUAUGAACAACGAAUAGAAAUUAGCCGUAGAAAAUUGGGUUUUAUACUUUACUUGUUAAGAAGUCCUAUGUACAAUGGUUAUUCCAAAAAUGUUAUAGAAAAUGUUCUCACUUCUAUGUCAAAUAAAAUUCCCGCCAUGUCAUUUGUGUGUGAUCCUAUUAUUCGAUACUUAAGUCACUGGCAAGAUAUUUACUUUUAUAUGUGGGCAUCGUAAAUAUUAUGAAUUUAAAAGACUUUCUUAUAUGUUUAUUGAUUGCCUAGCAAU